AUGGCAGAAGUGGCCAAAGAACAGUGGAUCAUGAAGUUUGAUAGUUCCUCUGUAGAAAACUUAGGAGGUGCGAGAAUGGUCCUUUAUCACAAUGGUGAAGAGAUUGUGGCACUCUCAUUCAAGUUGGAAUUUCCAUGUUCAAACAAUACAGCGGAAUACGAGGCCUACCUGAUAGGGUUGGCAACAGCCUUUGAAAUGGGGAUCAAACACUUAAAGGCGGUAGGAGACUUUAAUUUGGUAGUUUGCCAGGCUAAGGGGAGCUUUUCUUUAAAGGAAACAAAUCUAGCCUUAUACAGGACACUAGCCCAAAGGAUGGAGGAAAAGUUUUGUACAUUUGAAAUAGAUCACAUUCAGAGGAGUGAGAAUAGAUAUGCAGAUGCGUUGGGCUCACAAAUAGCCUUUGAAGGGAGCAGAAGUAGAGUUGAGAUUGAUAAGUAA